AUGGAAGGGAACGACAUGUUUUCCUUGAAAUUCUUGUAUUCAAACCCAUUGGGAAAAUUAAUACUAAACGAGAAAAUAUCGAAAAACAGUUUAGUAAUCAGAGCCGAGAACGAGCCAAACCUGGACUCCGAUCCCCAGCGCUCUCAAUACGUUCGCUCGAUUCCCAAAGCCUUACUCUAUAGGGAUCUCUUACUUCAGGGUUAUCUCGUUUAUCCCAAAUUUCUGAAGAAGAUCGACAAUUUCGAGGUGAGAGCCGAUGACUUAUGGUUAGCCACAUAUCCCAAGUCAGGCACCACUUGGACGGAGGAAAUCCUUUCUCUCAUUUACAAUAACGGAGAUAUCGAUAAAGUGAAAGACGUGCUACUCGUCCAAAGAGUUGUACACUUCGAAGUGGGGCGACCUGUAGGUCACUCCCGUUGGCUCAAGAAGUUAAAAUCACCCCGACUUAUGGCAACACAUCUGCCGGCCUCUCACAUCCCAUCUCAGCUCCAACAAAGCAAAUGCAAGAUAAUAUAUGUGGUUCGUAAUCCUAAAGACAAUGCCGUUUCAUACUACCAUCACCACCGGAUCAGUACUUUCUUAGGCAAUUAUAAGGGGUCGUGGGAUAACUUUGUAGAGCUCUUCCUGAAGGGUCAUUUAGUGCACGGGGACUGGUAUGAACACAUCAAAGGCUAUUGGGAUUUAUAUCAACUCUACCCAAAUAGAGAUUUACCAAAAAUGAUAGAAGUAAUGGCAGAUUUUGUUGGUCGCAAACUAUCAAAGGAUACGAUCACUAGAAUCGCGAGACACUGUUCUUUCGAUGAGAUGAAGACUAAUAAUAUGGUUAACCGCGAGAACCUUCCCAUUAAAGAUCUAUUCGAUAUGAGCCAAUCAAAGUUCAUGAGGAAAGGCAUCAUCGGCGACUGGAGGAACCAUUUCAGUGCACAUCAAAGCCAACAGUUUGAUGACAAAUACAACGACAAACUCCAAGAGAUCGGACUCACCCUCUCGUUUGACACCGAAGAUGCCUUCAACCGAAUGCAACGAUUUGGAAGAAUUAUUUGCCACAAACCUGAUCCAAAUGAUGACAUCAAUUCAGAUUUAUAG